GUACAGCAAAUUUCAAUAUUAGAAAGUGUCAUGAACUUUCGUAAAAACAAAAUAAAUAUGUCGAUUUUCAUGUUUGUUUUUUCAGAAUAAUUAUUUUUGUAAAAAGUUUUACUAUAAAAAAUAUAUUUCAUUUUGUUUAAUGACUAUUGACAGGGUGCAAUGUAUGUUAAAGAAAAAAUAAAAAAUAAAUAAAUUACCAUGAAGCCAAUUGGCGCGUCCCCCACCCACACAGUUUACAAGCUUUCCAGUUGGUUUUAAAACCAGCGCCAAACAAAAAUACAUACACAUGUUAUUGAAUUAACUAGUAAGAUAUUGAUAUAUCAACUUUUCUAAAAGUUGUAACUCAAAAUAAUAAAUUAUUAAUACUGUACUGGUCUUUUUCGUAAACACUAAUGGUUUUUUUUUUUCAGAAAAAAAAAAUGAAAGUUUUGACUGUUUUCGCAACAGCCCUUUUGGCAGUCAGUGCCCUUCCAGCCCAAGAAGAGUGGACCUUGUUCAAGGCCACACAUGGAAAAUCCUACGAAAAUUUUGACGAAGAAAAGGUCCGUUUCCAAAUAUUCCAAGACAACGUACAAGAAAUCAAGGCACAUAACGCCCUUUAUGAAGCUGGACUUAAAACCUACACCAUGGCAGUGAACCAAUUCGCUGAUUUGACAGCCCAGGAAUUCGUAACCAUGCUUAGACUUAAAAAUGGACCAAUUAGAAGGGAGCACUUGACUCGUCAUGUCCAAAAUCCAAGUCUACCUGUUCCAGACUCCAUCGACUGGAGGGAGAAGAAAGCCGUUUUGGGAGCCAAGGACCAAGGAGAUUGCGCAUCCUGCUGGGCUUUCAGCACAAUCGGUACCAUAGAGGGACAAAACGCUAUCAAAAACAAUCAAAGAGUACCUCUUAGUGUACAACAAUUGGUUGACUGCGACAACGAGGAGAAUGAAGGUUGCGGCGGUGGUAGGAUGACGGCCCCUUUCAAAUAUGUCAUCAAACAUGGAGUUAAUAGCGAAGCUGAAUAUCCAUACGUAGCUACAGACAACAAAUGUAGGGCCAAGAAUAGUACUGUUGUUACAGUUAAGGAAGGCGUAGCCGUUGAUCCUACCGAAUCUGCCCUCAAAGAGGCUGUUGGUACUGUUGGACCAAUCUCUGUAACCAUGGACGCUAGCCUCCUCCGAUCAUACCACGAAGGUAUCUUUGAAAGUGAGGACUGCAUAGCUGACCCCUAUACCUUGAAUCACGCUGUUGUUGCUGUAGGCUAUGGAACCAUAAACGGUAGAAAAUACUGGAUCCUAAAGAACUCAUGGGGCGUUAACUGGGGUGAAGAUGGUUUCUUCAAAUUGGCCAGGGAUGCUGACAACCAAUGUGGUAUCGCCCUCCAAGCAGCUUAUCCAAUUUUAGCUUAAGUUAUAAACUUGAAAUUAAGCUAUUUUGUAGAGUUGAUAAUAAAGUAAUUUAAAUAUAUCUUUCCUUCAUUGUUUUUUUACAAUUCUAUGGUAAUGA